UGUGUGUAUGUGUGUGUGUAUGUGUGUGUGUAUGUGUGCGCGCGACAGUUGUCCCACUGUGCACAAAGCACUGCAUGAGUGAUCUGACUGCAUAACUGGUCCCUUUAAGAAGGACGAGCAGCAGAUAUUGGAGAGUGUAGUUGAUCAUUAACAAGCAGCCAAUUUAUUCUGUGCACUGAUGCGGUCAGACAGCACUUCACUUCCUUCCAGGAGACAGUGACUACCUGACAGCUGCUGUUUCUAGAUCAACUAUGCAGACGUACCACAAAUCUCAAUCCAGAACCGACUGUCUCUUCUCCGAGGGUCCAGCGGGUCAGGGUCACCUGGGGUCAUCCAGAUCUUUGGGUUGUGUACCGGAGCAGCUGGCAUCAAUGUGUAUGAGCUGCCACAAGGAAUCUGCAGAGUUAUGUCCAUCCACAAGCCAUCAAGACUGGCACUGCCCCGUCUGCCUGCAGACAGCCAGCUUCCCAGUCCAGACCAGCUGUGGCCAUUUGUUCUGUGCUCCCUGUCUGAUCGCGUACUGGAGACACGGGUCAUGGUUGGACGCUAUCAGCUGCCCUCUCUGCCGACAGAAGGUCAGCGCGCUGUGCCAUCUAUUUAACGAGAGUCGAUCAGACCGACAGUCAAAGGAAGUUCUCGGGGAAAUCACAGAUUACAACAGACGUUACUCUGGAGCCCCACGACGGGUGACAGACUACCUGUGUGACGCGCCCCUUCUCCUGCAGUUACUGGCUCGUGGCCUCAGCACCAUUGGAGGGCUCGUGUGGUUGUUCUUCUUCAGGGUGGCCCUGUGCUGCGUGGGGACCGUGGUGUCCAUCUCCUCCCCUCCUCUGGACCCAGUCUCUACAUCAUCCGCAAGUCCCCUGGAGACGGAACCCUCCCUCUGCGGACUGCUGGGGGUCCUGGAUGACGUGGUGGUGGUCAUCCUGCUCCUUAUCUGCGUUAUCAACAUCAACCAGCAAAUGGUGUCAGAGAGAGGAGGGCACUCUGCGAACACGACCACCUCACAAGGAGUAACGGGGAAUCCUCUGUAGACAGACGCUGGUGGAGACAAAGCAGUUGACAUGACUUGUUGUGGAAAUGGUAUCUUUCUGGCUGUAGAUAGUUGGAUCAGUGGAUGCAAGAAUAUUUACAGUGCAACAUUCGAGGUGUCAAACUGUGUCUCAGUCUCUCGGACAGUGUGGCAGACCCGUCUGUUCAUCAAGUGUUUACAGACUUUCUGCAAGAGUGAAGAAGUCUUGCCUGAAGUGUGAUGGUUCAACUUAAUUUACAAAUCCUCUCAAAGUUCCUGAGGCCUCAUGUGUUUGGCCAGUUCCUUUUAAAUCCAUAUUACAAAUAGGCCUACUAUUCAGUGUACAUUGACUUGUCAAUUAAAAUGGUGAAUUCAUGAUUUAUGUUUUAGUAACAUUUCAUUUUAGCAUUUUAACCUAAAAAACCUCUGACCAAAGUGUUGUUUCUACCACUCUAUCUGGGCAGUAAUUUUACUACUUUGUUUCAGCAAGUUCAGGAAAAGCUGUAAUGUCAAUACUGUAAUAAUGACAUCUGGGUAAAUAUUUAUAUUGUAUAAACAUUGUAUGAAUUUGUAUUUUCAGUGUAAAAUAAAGAAUAUUUAUUAGGUA